AUGCUAAUCAUACUUCUUGCUUCCUCCUCCUUACAGCGUGAAGUUAUCAGUAUUCACAUCGGUCAGGGUGGUGUGCAAACCGGAAAUGCCUGCUGGGAACUCUACUGUCUAGAGCACGGAAUCCAGCCUGAUGGCCAGAUGCCCAGUGACAAAACUAUCGGAGGCGGUGAUGACUCCUUCCAAACAUUCUUCAGUGAAACCGGGGCCGGAAAACACGUUCCACGAGCAGUAAUAGUUGAUCUGGAGCCGACUGUUAUUGAUGAGGUACGCACGGGCACAUAUCGUCAACUCUUCCACCCCGAACAACUCAUUAGUGGCAAGGAGGAUGCUGCAAACAACUAUGCCCGUGGUCAUUACACUGUGGGCAAGGAGAUGGUUGACCUGGUCUUGGACCGCAUCCGUAAACUGGCCGAUCAGUGCACCGGAAUGCAGGGUUUCAUUGUAUUCCACUCUUAUGGCGGUGGUAGCGGUUCCGGUUUUACCUCUCUCCUGAUGGAACGUCUCAGUGUGGACUACGGCAAGAAGUCAAAGUUCCAGUUCGCAAUCUUCCCGGCGCCACAGAUUUCGACCGCGAUUGUGGAACCCUACAACUCUAUUCUUUGCACGCACACCACCCUGGAACACGCAGACUGUUGUAGUGUUUUUGACAACGAGGCCGUCUAUGACAUUUGCAGGCGUAACCUGGAUAUUGAAAGGCCCACGUAUACCAAUCUGAACCGACUGGUGGCUCAAGUUGUCAGCUCAAUUACAGCUUCUCUG